UCGCGCAACAGGUUUUCUCUCGGUGUUUCGUUUUGUUUGAAAUUCAACCUUUUCCGACGCCAGCGGAUCCCGUAAGAAUUUAGAUUGUUUAUUGCAAGGUUUAUCGUUUUGUGAACUAAUUGCGAAAGUGCACGUUGUAUUUUUAGCGCUUUAGUUAUUGCUUUGUGUGUGAUUUGCCCAUUUUGUGUUCCAUUUGUGCUUUAGCUGCUUGAGAAGUUCCGUGUUCGUCAUGUGAAUACGCUUGGCUCCUAGUUGAGUGACGAAAUUGGCUUUAUUUAGAUCCGAUAAUGAUCUCAGCAAACAGUUAAGAUGCGAGACACAGUAAAGUUUGAUCCGUCAAUUCCAGAUCGCCAGGUUACGGGCGAGUCCUCCACGUCGCAGCACACAUGCAGUAGCGCCUCCCAGACGGAGUAUCUGGAUGUGCAAUCGCUUUCGUCUGCGUCUUCGUACAUGGCGCUGCCGAGUCUUAAGCAUGGCAAGAAGCAUAUUCCGUUGAGUGCUCUGGGGCCGCCGGGGCCGUCGUCUCGGCGAACCGGUUGCUCCCACAGUCACUGCCGCUGCGAGGAGGAAUCCAUCAUGCAGAAUAUGUGCAACAAGCGCAAUGAGCGGCUGAGCAAACCAUGCAAAGAUGGGUUCUGCUAUUGCUUCACGAGCGACAGCGAAGACUUUCGCAAAGACCCCGGCACCUCAGCGGGCCACCACCGGUGCAAGGCGCUCCGGAAGGAAUAUGCGUACCAUUUGCCAACGGAAUCAGAUUGCUCGGAAAUUGUGUCGUCCGAUCAGUACUUCGCCGAUAAACAGAAGGAAAAGAAGAAGAAAAGGGUGUCGUUGCCCCCGGAAAUCCUGGAGUCGGGGACGAUCAACAGGCAAAACGGCUCGGCAGGCUGCGGCCAUAAAGACGGGAAAUGUAGCAAUGAUAAUUGCCGGAGGAGACCAUUCCUAGCUACGAACAAGUUCCAGGAGUUCCAUUGCUCUGACAGCGAUGCGCCGCUUAUUCACAUAGUCCAGGAAGUCCAGAGGAACGUGGUGGUCUCGGAGAUCCGCAUUAAUCGCAGCAAAUUGAAGAAAUCGAAAGUUCGUAGUAAAAGUGCUGGCAGGUCCGGCGAUGGAAGCAGAAAUGCAGAAACUAGUACUAGUGAAAAGAUAAUCAAUGUCGAAAAUCUUAUCGACGGCAAUGGAGGGCAAGUUCCAGAGAAAUUAUCUAACAAAACGGAGGGGAAAGAUGCCAGUACAAACACAACUGCUCUAAAAAAUAAAGAAAUGCAAUCACGUGCAACGAACGUCCCAAGUCAAUCAGAAGACGAUGGUAUACGGACUGAUCUCAUUAAAGCCAGACCAAGGUCAAAUAAGUUAAAAGGCGGUCGUUUACUUAUGAAACGUGUUGGGCCAGAUGUGUCUUAUAGGCCAAUUAUUGGUCCGCCUCGAAAGCCGCCAAGAAAUUUCUCAAGUUCACCUGAUUGCAGCUCUUCAGAUAUCAGCGCAAUGUCGAUAGGAGACCAACCAACGAUGCCAGCCAGUUUUCGUUUGCCGCAAGAAACAGACGAUUCAUUCAAUGGAAAGGAUAAUUCCAAAAAGGUUUCAGAUGAUUCCUUGAAUAGUGUUAUGAAUCAAAAGCCGAAAGUGACAAAAGUAACAUUUGACAAAUUGAGUGGGAAAGUUGAUUCAAAUGGAGCUGGAACAAGCCCUCCUACUUCAGAAGGAGGAUAUUCUAGACCUGCUGUUGCUUCUUCGAAUAUAGCAGAGGAAAGCUUUGAAACUGGUCCGAGCUCUCGACAGGAGUUCAUGCCUACUUGCCCACCUUACAGUGAAAUAGUGUCACCGGAUACCACGGACAUUAAUGAACUGCUCCGUAUGCUUCCAAGUGUUCCGACUGGACCCGUUAUUGUCAAUGAUUCAUUGAAUAAGCUUAACAUUGAAUCUGCUACUCAUCCUAAAAACAUUGAAUUUGCGGAGGUAAAUGUUGUCCCUGCCGGCGAAAUACCUAACCCUGAGCAAGUUGGUUGGGUGCCUCCAGCUGUUUACAAUAUGCUAAGUAAUGAAACAGCAAAUCAGAAAUUUGUGUCUCAACAUCCCGUGGCAGAACCUCAACAAGUUGGUUGGCAACCUCCACCAAGGCUUCAGAUCGACACAGUGGAUAGUGGACAAAAAACAUCGGAAAAUGAGAAUUCGCACAAUUUCGCUGAGAACAUGGAAUUGAAGAGCACACCGGUGAAGCCGGAUAUUCCCAGAAAUGAAAUGACUCCGAAAAACAUUCUUCGGGAAAAAGUUAAGAAUUUGCCGCAGCCGCCUUCGAAGCCGCAGCGUCAGAAUCAAACACCGAAAAUGGCUACUGUGAGAGAGGUGAGCCCUUCGGGAGAGGAAGAAUUAACAGUGAUCUCUUCCGAACCCAAGGAUAGUGCUCUUUACCCUAAACUGUCAUCUCCUAUUCCUGUAGAAAGCAACCCCAUUGUAAAUCCCAUUUCGGUGAAGCCUAAGGAAUCAAUAUCUGCUGCAGAAAGUGUGACUGUUGCAACAACAGUCAAGGAUUCUGUAACAGAGAAGGAAUCUACAACAGCUAAGGAGCCUGCCAGUACGCCUGCUGGUAAAAGCUUUCAAAAGAGAGCUUUGAAACAUACGAAAAGCUUUCUCGAAUCACUUGGUUUUUCGAAAAAGAAAGAUGGGAAAGACGACCGAAAAAGUUCCAAUAAAGAGGCAAAGGAACCUCCAAAAAUGGUGGAAACGGUUGCAACACAAACCAACGAUACGUUGGUAUUGCAAAGUAGGCGUUUGAAUUUUGAUUAUGCCUCGGACGAUACUUUGAAUAGGCGUUCGAUAACGCCAAUUGCUGGGGAAGAUGUAUCUGAAGUUGCGAAACCAACUCAUCAUUCAGAUGACGGUUUUGAUUUUAGCCGAAAAGUACAGUCGCCUAGACCAGAAAGGAGCUCACAAAGAAAGCCCUUUUCUCCAAGGAAUUUUCUUAAAAAUCUUCAAACUGGCAAUGAGAAAGUAGGGCACGACGAAAGUUACAAAUCGUAUGCAUCGGAUUUGAGUGAAGAUUUUACUGUAGCUGUGCAAGAUCUUUUGGGAAAAGCACGAGCGAAAUUAGAGGGCGAAACGACGGCAGCUGAGACGGUAACUAAUACAUUGACGGACGAAUCGGUGGCAGCUUGUACGAUAGCAGCGCGAGCUGAUGUGCAUCCAGAACCGGUAUAUGCUGAAAUACGGGAGGUGGAUGAUGAUGGAAGAGCUAGGUUAGAUGUUGCUUCUAAAGAAACGUCUCACCAGGGCCCUGAUAAGGAUAAAAUUGUUUAUGCUAAAGUUGUGAAGAAAGGUGGUAAACAGACGCCGUUGAGUCCUCAUCGUCCAGCACCUUUGCCUCCGGGAGAUCUGUCUGAUAAAGAACAGGGACAACGGUCUGGACACUCUUCUGAUGGUCAGGAUAAACCUGGGAGUUCAGGGACGUUUAAGCAAACUUCUCAACCAAGAGAUUCACAAAGCAACAUUCAGGAAAGAAGUGCACCUUCAGAUGGAGGGCAUGCGGAGUCUUCUCAGUCAAGCUUGCCAACGCAACUGCCUAGAGGGUCUCAGCCAACUCAAAUUGUAAAACCAGCCAAUCGUCCGAAACAGAGUCCCCCUCCAGUUCCCGUUGACAUGUCCAAAGCUCCUGCCCCGCAGAUUGUUAGGCUUCCAACGCCUCCACAUCAUUCACCAUCGCAUUCGCGUCGAUCAUCCUCAUCGACUUCAUCAUCCCGAGGUCUAUUCUCGCCCCAUUUAGAUGAGUUUUUCUCGCAUGGUCCACUUGAAGAAGUCGCACCAACUCUUUUUGGUAGGCAGCGUUCAUCGCCAGGCCCAAUUGAUUCAGAUUCUUCAGGAGGUGGUAAUUUAAAACGUGUGCCUCCAUCGGGCUUACCACAACAAAGUGGAAAUCGGGCGCCACCGAUUAACAGGCACGGAACAGAUGAAAAUUAUCAUGAUGAUAACUUCAAACAACAAAAGCCUGCAAAAAGGGGUAUCACCUCAGAGGUUGAAUAUGCCAAUAUUCCAAGUGAACGCUUUCAUCAAAGUGACCGUCCCUCAGGAACAACACCCCAAGUAGGCCAUCCAACACAUUCCACUCAACAAGGACAUAUAAGAACUAGAAGAAGUGCUCAAGAGCCAUACUCGACUGACUUGAUUCAAGCUGAACGAAAUCACCCAUAUGGUCCGCAAUCAGCCAUUCAUAUUAAUCCAUCUGAUCCGCAGCAUUUUCAAUCGCAAAAUCUACGAAUAACACCGAGGUCCUCACCGCAGGGUCAAUCAUCACCAGAUCAGGAUGAUUUCCGAGAAGUCUAUGGUAGUGUUAAUCCUGAGGAGUAUUCGGGUGUAGGAUCGCAAAGCUUUUAUUCUAUACAGAGUGAUCAAUAUGGUACUCCUAUGGGUUGGCAUCAAGCACAACCUAUUCCAGGACAACCUACCCGUCAUAAUCGCCCCCAACAACCAACAGUCCAUUUUGCUCCUGGAACGGGGAAUCAAGCGCAGCCGAUGCCAUUUCCUCAUCGAAGCGACCAUGCAGAGAAUCAGGGCCAUAUGGCAGGCCCUCAUGGUUGGCAUCAAAUGCAACAACCUUCGACAACGAAUGCACCGCAUAAUUUGCAAGCAGUUGGUUCUACUGCGAAUCAAAAUGAAGCCAUUAGAGUGCAGCCUCAAGGAUGGCAUCAAACUCAGCCCACCUUGCCACAAACUCGUGACGUUCAUCAGCCUCAGCCUUCUUCUAUCGCGACUCGUCAUAUUCAUCAAGAACAAAUUCAAAGGGACAUUCUGCCAGAAGAUAAUGAGGUUCAACGUACAGCACCUGUCGUUUAUCCGAAUAUCGUCCGAACACAACCUGUUAUGCCAUCUGUGGAAGAAGAAUUUCGAGAUCUUCCAGAGUAUUCCCCUGCUACUGUUCAGUCGACCCAUCAGUCUGAAGAUGUUGCACCCUGCGUGCCUGCAAGAAGACGUAGAUCUGUCGAAGAUCCGAAAGUCAAUUCGGGACCUAAUCAGUCAGAAGUACAUAUUGUAGAACGCGCUCAAGUAUCAAGAAAAUCUGACUAUCAGGAUCAGCAACAAAGUGAAGAUUCUCUUCACAAUAAGAAACGAAAUAUACGGUCUACUAAUGAUCAUCCUAUAACUUCGGAACGUCAAAAUGUUCCAAUGACGCCUCAUUCUAGCAUUCGACCACAAGAGGUGGAUUAUGUAGCUAUGCUUCCGUCGCCUCCCCAAAACAUCAGCAUGGGUAAUCCACCUGUAGUAGAGUACGGUUGGCCAGCGUCUGGCGCUACUGUCACUUACCCAGCAUCAUCUGCGACUAACAUUCCAUCAACAUCAUUUAUCACAACUGCAGGUGUUAGCCAACCAACAUUUUCUGCAACAGAUGCCACUCCGUCAACAUCAUACACAACAGUUGCAGAUGCCAUUCCAUCAACAUCAUUUGCAACAGCGACUCUCCAAGCGAAUUCUGAGCAAUUCAUAGAAACAGAGCGUCCGUUAACUUCUUCCACUCCCCAGCCGCCAGCCACCGUAGAACCAAUUCCAUCGACUUCUUUCAAUAAUAGCCACGAAAAAGACAGUCCCCCUAGAGCUCGAGUUCUAAGUAAGUCAGAUUUGUCUCAAACUAGUGAUAUUUUCCUAGAAAAUUUGCAUCAUAAAAAUGUAAAUGUUACACAAUAUUCGGAUCGUUCGGACGAUGAAAAAAGGAGCAAUUUGGAUUCGCCGAGGGCUGUGGCUCAAUUCUUCUAUUAUGAUAGCAGUACUGGAAAUGGGGAAAGCAGUAACAGCUCUUUCUGUAGAGAUCCACUUGGUAGCAGGCGGCAGACGAGCGACGGGGAAUACGAAGAUCCUUGCUGUGGAGAGAAUUGCCCGCAUCUAAAACCAGUUGGAUAUGAUACCGUCGACUUUGAGAACGAGUCGCCGGAAACUGGCAGUUUCAAAUCAUGCCGAUCUUGUCAAGAUAAGGAUGAAAACAUGAAUAAUUCAACAUCCAAAGACCUAAAUUUGGCUGAAAAUGCAAAACCAGCGAAUAGAUACGCAAGUCUAAGACAUAGACUGCGGGCAUCAUUCCGUAAAGGCAGAAACUACUUUAAGAAGAAACGCCUUUCGUUGGUUCAUGAUCGCAGUACAAAAUCCGAUAAUGAUACACGCAGUCGUAAAGAGGAUUCGUUUAGCCAAGAACGCAAGGGUGAAUCAGAUUUUGAAGUUGAUUAUAUUUCAGCGAUGGAAUUGCUUAAUGAGACUGCUAAGGAUGCAUCGGUGAAGCGUCAACUGGAGCAGACAGUCAGUAUCUGUCGAAAGUUUCCAGAAUUCGAAAUGUCUCCAGAAAUGGUUGAGGCUGAAAGAUUAUUACUAUAUUCGUCUUUGAAAGAAAAGUCGACACAUUUCUCGAAUGAGAGUCUUUCUUCUUAUCGGAGCACGCCGAAGGAUUUCAUCAGUGGAAGUGUUUGUGUAACCUCAUUUGAAAUCCCCAUUAAACCUGACAUUCAUCAUGACGAGUUUUUCAACUACUUUUACAUUGGAGUGUUCACUCGUGGUCAAGAUAUACGAUCAACACAAUCGGCUGAAAACGUGGAUAAUGCAGUUUUCUUUUCAAAUUGCAACAUGUUGUUUGAGAAUCUUUCAGCGGAUUUUCAGAUAACAGUGGAUUUAUAUGUUCUGCGGCUCAGGAAGUUGUCAUCGCCACCAACACAGAAUGAUAAUACGCCAGUAACGAUUCGAAAAUCUUCGUUAUCAGACUCCCAGGAGGAAGUUGUGUCUCGCUUCCGAAUGCAUGGCAAUUUCAAUAUCAGUGCUUUAAAUUUGGCUCCAUUCGAGGUAGAAUCAGAUCAAGACAAUGUCACUCGCAACGAAGAAUUCUAUUUGGUCUCGAAUAAUAUUUUCACUUUGCCCAUCAACCUAUUCCCUCGAAACAUAAAUCUCACCAAUGAAGUGUGGCUUACUGCAAGUGCGACUUACUGUUUCAAGAACUUCGAAAUAAGUGGAUUUUUGAAUGUUGGCGAAGUGAAUGGAAAGUUGGAUUGGAAUAAGCGAUGGUGCCAAAUUGACGCUCUAACAUUGUACUUCUGGAAUUAUCCCCAAGAUUGCACAGAAGUCAGCCCAAUCUUGAAGCUUGAUCUGACGAAAUGUGUUUCAAAUCCGAUAAGAAGUGCAAAUCGUGAGAUCUGUCCAAAACCAAGGUCGUUUCAGUUAGAGUUCCAGAAGUCGGGAAACGAAAGCAAUAUAGACAGGAGCAGCCAAAUAUUUCUUUUUUCAGCGGAGAGCCAAGAGGAAUAUAACUAUUGGGUGAGAAACUUGAAUGAUGUCCUUGAAUUCAUGCGGACUUGGAAAGUCCAGGUGCAAUAGUAAGUAGGAAAAAUGUUCUAAUUUAGCUGCCUUAAAAUGCAAAUCAGUGAAGGCAAAAUUGCGACAAGCGAGGAUUGUGGGAGCGAUUUGAUGUCUUCAAAGGGAGUAUUUCGAGUUUCUGAAACACACGCCGCAAUUUUGACUUAAUUGAUCUGUGACCUCGAUGUGAGCUUCCUAUUUUCCAAGAGUAAUGUCUCAAUCUACAACUUAAUAAUCGAUAACUGAAUUAUGUU